ACCAAUUCGAUUCGAAUUCCCAAACCAUGGACAUCACCCUCCUCUACGACGCCGUUUCAGUAGCCAACACCACCGCCCAAGGUCUAGGCUUCUCAAAUCUCCCACUUCGCAACCACCACCUCACCUCCACCAACCAAAUAUCCGUCGCCGCCGAUUCCCAUCCCGACGAUUCCCCGCCGUCCCUCCAGAUCUCCGCCUUCAUCUUCCCCGUCGACACCGUCGCUCCGCCGCGCGUGCGCUCCAACUCCUACAGAACCGCCACCCGCACCCUCAUCCGCAAGAAGCGGCGCACCAGGCGGCGAUCCUCGAGCGGCGAUGACCCCAACGACGGCGGCGAGGAGGACGGCGGGUUCUUCGGCGGCGACGGUCCGUUUUUCAACGGAGGAUGGGGCGGCGGUGGAGGCGGCGGCGGCGGGGGUUGGAAUUUCGAUAGGUUCGGAGGGAAUAGUUGGGAUGACUCGUCGUCGUCGAGGUCCGAUCCGGCGAUCGAUUUCUUCUACGAGGUGAUGGGGUGGAUUGCGCUCUCGAAUUGCGUGCACUUUGCUUUCAAGAGGAUGGUUCGAAUCGUGGCGGAUGGGUUAGGCGAUGAGGAGAGAGAGAAGGUGCCUAUGAGAUUGGCUUCGGUCUGCUGAUUCGGUACCGUUUCGCUCUCAAUGCUCAAAUGUAUAAAUUGGAUCAGAAUUUGGGUUUAAUUUAUGUGUUUGUCUUGGGUAUUCAGAUUC